CGGGACUACGCGCCUGGAGAAGGAGGAGGAAAAAAGAAACCAUAGACUUUUUAUCUGGCCUAGAGCGGCCCUUAAAGUGCGGGGGAGAGGUGGGCGGGUAGGGAUCACGCCAGCAAGCCGCCUGCGGUAUCAUGGCGACCCGGACUCCCCCUCCCCAAGACUAUGAAAGUGAUGACGACUCUUACGAAGUGUUGGAUUUAACUGAGUAUGCAAGAAGACACCACUGGUGGAAUCGAGUGUUUGGCCACAGUUCCGGACCAAUGGUAGAAAAAUACUCAGUAGCUACCCAGAUAGUAAUGGGUGGCGUGACUGGCUGGUGUGCAGGAUUUUUGUUCCAGAAAGUUGGAAAGCUUGCAGCAACUGCAGUAGGUGGUGGUUUUCUCCUCCUUCAGAUUGCCAGUCACAGUGGCUAUGUUCAGAUUGACUGGAAAAGAGUUGAAAAAGAUGUAAACAAAGCAAAAAGACAGAUUAAGAAACGAGCUAAUAAAGCAGCACCUGAAAUCAACAAUAUAAUUGAAGAAGCCACAGAAUUUAUGAAACAGAACAUCGUGAUAUCCAGUGGAUUUGUAGGAGGCUUUUUGCUAGGCCUUGCAUCUUAAGGACAUAAAUGUUCUACUGCAGUGGAUUUGAUAAUGAAAAGAGAAGUGGUGGCAGCAAGGUGUUCUCUCAACAGUAUGUGCUGCCAAAGUCUGCAGGGCAAGGAGAAACCAACUAGCUGGACAAUACUAAACUUACUACUUAGCAUUUCACCAUCUGAAGCUUGGCAAACUUGUACCUGCUUUUAAAUAACCUGUAUGUUAUGUGAAAAUAGUAUUCCUGAGUAAAACAUAGCUUUCAUCAGUUUUUAAAAAUUUGUUUAGAAAUUAACCUAUAAAAUAUCACCAUUGGGUAUAGAUGUGAAGAGAAAAAAGUCUGUUGGAUUGAAAUAUGAUUCUCUUUUUAUUUAAAUAACAUGUUCUUUAUUGUGAUUUAUGGUAUAGUGCUGACUUUUUGUAUUAGAAGGUAUGUUUGUAAUAAAUUGAAGAACUAUGAUGACCUUUUGUGGAACGCUUUAGAAAUAAUUAUUAAAAAAUUAAACAGAAUCUGCUGACGUAACUUAAUGCCAAUUUUUUUUUCCCUGCAGUUCUUACUUUUCUCAUAUCAUAACUAUACAUUUCAAAAAAGGCUCUUCUAAAGAAAUACUACAUGUAUAAAGUUCUUUUUCCUUUUUUGGUAUCUGUAGUUUUAAACUUAUCUUCUUAUAUGUAAGCUUAUGAUUCUUUUGUUUGUUUAUCCUGCAGCCUGGGCAGAGCUAAUUAUUUUGGGGGCACAUAUAGUUGGAUCACUGAUUCAUUUUAGUAACCUUGAAUGCAUCUCCUUUUUUCUUUCUAAAAAUUCUAUUUAUCUCUUCUUCACUAAGAGGUAAAGAUCACUUUAACAUACAUAGGAGUAUAGUGUGAAUUUGCUGUCUGAAGAACAGUGAUUUUCUAUGUAAUGAAAUUAUAGCUGAAAGUGAAUUGUCUCUUUGAUCUAGUUGAGAGAUCAAGGCUUUCAGGCUUUUGCUAGUAUUAUGUUGGUUGAACACUAGUCCAGUUUACUUGUUUCUCAGGGCCAAUAUCCCACUCCCCAAAGGCUCAUUUGCCCAGAGAAGCUUUCUGUAUCAUUAUUUUGUCUAUAGAGCUCUAUGUUAGAAUUGGGAAAAACAGCAGAACAUGUAUUAGAGUGUUCAGAUUGGAAAGACUUUGCAGAUAAUCAGACUAUUUUCUUUCUUUUUCUUUUGAGACAGUUUCACUAUGUUGCCCUCGGUAGAGUGCUGUGGCAUCACAGCAACCUCAUACUCUUGGGCUUAAGCAAUUCUCUUGCCUCAGCCUCCCAAGUAGCUGGGACUACAGGCGCCUGCCGCAAUGCCUGGAUGUUAUUUUUUGUUGUUGUUGUAGUUGUCAUUGUUGUUUUUUUUUUGUGAUUUUUGGCCGGGGCUGGGUUUGAACCCGCCACCUCCGGCAUACGGGACCAGCGCCCUACUCCUUGAGCCACAGGCGCCGCCCAGUUGUCAUUGUUGUUUAGCAGGCCUGCCCCUAUGUACAUGGGGCAUCCUAACCAUGGAGCUAUGGGCACCGAGCCAGACCAUUUUCUUUUGAUAGGAAGUUCCCAUAGUUUGUUUUGUGUAUGGUAAACGUAUGACAUUUUAUACUUUCAAAAUUGGUUACAGGCUGCGUGCUUUCAUUAUCGUGAGACUCCUUAAAAUCAAAUGUGGGAUUGAUCUUUAGUUGCUUCCUUUAUUAUUGUUAGUGCCUCAGAUAUAAUGCUAAAUAAAAUUCCGACUUUCUUAAUAUAAAGUGAUUUUGCUUAUAAAUACUUGUUUUUUCUUCUUUGAGCUUUUCUCUGUUUCUGCCUUGCUGAGCUUUUCAUUGCUGUGGAACUAAAAGGGACAAAUAUUCAUAAGUAUGAUCAGGUCAUGUUAGGUAGAGCCUUGCCUAUGCCUCUGUGUGCCUCUUACACUACUGCGUGACACUCUGAUACAGUGAGGUAGGCUACUGUAGGGAGCUCUAGCAGCUGGUUCAGUUUUGUUCAUUUUGAAAAUAUUUUUAGUGUCAGUUUUGUGCAUGAUGUGCUAAAAAAAUUGGGGCACAAAAAUGUCUGCCCUUGAGCUUUUACUUGAAUAGACGCUUAAGUAAUACACUCUAUAGGGGAACCUGACAUAUGACCUAGUGGCAAAUGAAGAGUAGGGAUAACUACUUAGAGAGUGCAAACAAAAAUGAAAAUUGAAAAAGGUAGCACUUUAUUUAUUUAUUUAUUUAUUUUGAGACAGUCUCACUAUGUCGCCCUCGGUAAAGUGCUGUGCCGUCACAGCUCACAGUAACCUCAAACUCUUGGUCUUCAGCAGUUCUCUUACAUCAGCCUUCCAGGCAUCUAGGACUACGGGCACCUGCCACAACACCCAGCUACUUUUUGUUGCUGUUGUUGUUUAGCUGGCCUGGGCCAGGUUCGAACCUUCUAGCCUUGGUGCAGGUGGCUGGUGCCCUAACCACUGAGCUAUGGGCACCAAGCCAGUAACACUUUAUUUUUGUCUAUACGUUUCUCUAUUGUAAUAUUUGAAAAUUAUUGUAUGCAAGUGCAAAGUAUUACCAGUACUUUCCAGACUGUCCCAUCUCUGUUUACAUUCCCUGUUCUGCCUCCUGUCUAUGCUGUUUCUUUGUGUGGCAAUCCAGUGCAUCAGGCUCCAUCACAAAGACUUUGUGGGUUUGCUUGGAUUGAAAUGCCUAUAUAUAUAGCCUGCCUUUGUCUAAAGUGGAGAUUUUUAUGUUUGAUGGCAUAAAGGCUGUUUGCAAGAUUUAUUAAAACUUUAGUAUAUGGAAUAUAUCUAUUCUGAGGCCUAAGCUUUGAACGAAAUAUAGAGACUUAUUGUCUGAUUUUUUUUUUAUUCUUACAGCCCUUCCUAUUUCCCAUUACAAAAUAGAUGAUUUAUUUUUUAUUAAAUCAUAGCUGUGUACAUUAAUGCAAUCAUGGGGCACCAUAUAAAAUAGAUGAUUUUUUUUUUUUUUUUUAUUGUUGGGGAUUCAUUGAGGGUACAAUAAGCCAGGUUACAUUGAUUGCAAUUGUUAGGUAAAGUCCCUCUUGAUUUUUAAUAGGCUUUCUUCAAAUAUAAUGUGAAUGAAAUGUUCAUUGUAGAGUAAUUAAUCAGCAUAAAGAAUAUUGGGUGGUGCCAGUGAGUGGUGUGUCAGUGAGUGAGGCGCUGGCCCUAUAUACGGAGGGUGGCGGGUUCGAACCCGACCCUGGCCAAAUUGCAACAAAAAAAUAGCUGGACAUCGUGGUUGGUGCCUGUGGUCCCAGCUGCUUGAGAGGCUGAGGCAAGAGAGUUGCCUGGGGCCAAGAGCUGGAGGUUGCUGUGGUCUAUGAUGCUAUGACACCCUAGUGAGGUCAACAAAGUGAAACUGUCUCUUAAAAAAAAAAAAAAAAAUAUAUAUAUAUAUAUAGAACGUUUAUAAUAUGAUGUACUUAGGGAUAAGUAUUUUUCGUAUCUUGGUGUGUGGUCUUUGGAGUCUUUUUUAUCUUUGUAUAAGCACAUAUAUGUGUAUAUUGAAUAAAAAUUGAGUCAUAGUUUAUGUACUAUUUUUUCCACCUACCUCUUACAUAGAAAAGUACUGUUUCACAAGCAAGCUGCUUUCAGUGAUAU